AUGCAUAAAAUCAUCGUAUUCUUUUCGUUGUGUGUAUCGUAUGUUUCAAUUGAAUUCUCCAAACUUCAGAAUCUGUUCAGGAUAUUAUCCUCCGACCCUCUCGGCAGAUGUGUCAUCAAUAAGUUUGGCAAUGAUCAGUGUCAAUCUUCCGUCUGUUUUUCCCACUUUCACACCACAUCUGAAGUGAUUUCCGGGCCUUCUGUUCCUCGUUAACCUGCUCUGUUUCCAGGGCGAUGUGGAGCGAUUUGAUUGUGCCGAUGAGCCGACGAAACUGACCAAUUCCUCGUGUUUGGAGCUCCUUCACAGAACACAGCAAGAAUCAGUGUGCCUGGAAGAUGGUCUGUUUUCUGCCUUUCUCCGGCUGCAUUCCUCACUUGCGAUCUUUCAGACAAAGAGACGCACUGCUGUUGUCUCUCUUCCCUUCCCGCCAGAAUCUGUGCUCAGGACCAUCGCAAAACGGCCGAGUUGUCCGGUUUGUGGACUUUCGGACAGAUGCUGUACUUCAUUUUCGGCCACUUCGGACUGUGUGUCGUGGUAUGUCUGCUCGCCGUUUUCUACAAAUAUACCGUUAGAAUCUGGCCAGUGGACAAUGUGAACGUGGCAGAAGACAGCCGAUUGAUGAUGGUUUUUCUGGGAAAAGUAUGGAUAGAACGGAAUGAGUCCUGGAGAAAUCGAGAGUUCUUCAGACUGCGUUCCUGCUCCUUUCCUUCAUAACCAUUUACUUUCCGUUCCGGAAGACGUGCAUGAAUCACCCGAAAGGAGUCUUUGUCAAUCCACAACUCUUCUUGUAUCAGGUUCAACAAACAUCAUUCGAGACGUACCCUCGAGUGUGCUGGUUCAGAUCUUCGACGCCGGAAUGGCUCCGUCUCUCUACUUCUCUUUCCCUCUCGUCUUCUUCGUGUUCGACUUCUCAUUCUAUAUCCACAUUGUGAGUCCGUUGAGAAUCCGUUCUAAUCUUCUUUUCUAGCGAAUCACCAGAGUCAUCAACCGUUCUGGCGGUCUUGCUAUUUCCGUCUUCAAACUGCUCACAGUUCCCCUCUUUGUCUACGAAACUUUCCUCUCGACAUUCGCUCUUUGGAGCAAGGAUCGGCAACCGGGUUACUGUAGAUUCAACGGAGCAAUCUGGCAGCUUAUGGUACCCUCUUCCCUGAUAAUUUCCUCCUUUUCCCAACAUUUUAGUGCUCACACAUUCUCAUUGUCGUUUAUUACAUUCUGCUCAUCUUCCAAACCAUUCUGCUCUGCCAACUCGAACGAGACUUUGACGAAUCGCAACAGAGCAGCGAAGAGACGCCGAGCCAUGUGGCAACACUUCUGAGCACUCAGUCGACGGAGACGAGGAUCGAGAGCUAUUCGAGCGAAAUGAUCUACAUUUAUCCGAGAGUCAGAUUUGCAUUUUCCGGAAGACGUCAAGUCAUUUUCUCAAUCUUUUUUGCAGCCAUUCCACGUUCCUCGUCUCGGAUUGUCCGUUCUGAAUGUGAAGAGCAAUCAGAAGAGCGAGUGGCUCGCCCUCAGAGCUCUUCUCUCCACCACCGGAUUCUACAAAGUGUAUCCGUCAAAGUUUCUGAUUCCGCCCGGAAAAGAGAUAUCGGUGACCGACCAGGGAAGGAUCGAAAAAACGUUCGAAUGAUUUCAGAUCGAAGUGGAGCAGUGCACGCGUGCCGAUUCACCGACUGUCCAUCACAAUCUGCUCAUCGAAUGGUUCUCGAUCGGUCCGAAUCCUCCCUCCGUCGAUUCGCAGCGGCUUUGGAACAAACCGUACCUCGUUCCGCAGACGCAAUGGCACUAUUUUGUGCUUCCGAUUUAUGUGGACGAAUCAACGAAUUCGCAGCUAACCAGUGAACUUGAAUAA